AGAUGGAGAGAUGCCUGGGCACUGGAAGCUCUGUGCAGCAUGCUGAGGAGACGCAACCUUCUCACCACACUCCUGAUUGCCCUGCCAUGGGCUCUUCUCCUCACCUUGUGGCAUCAGUACCCAACCACCCGCUACCUCAGCCUGCUGAGAAAAGAGACAGACGAAAAUGUCACAGCUAAAGCUACCUUCAACAGCACAUCCCCACUGAGAGAGGAGGGGCUCCCAUCCUGCAUCCGGCAGCCGCCCACAGGGGCAGCUCCUCGAAUCAUCCAAAAUUAUGUGUACUCGAGGCCUCCGCCAUGGUCGGACACGCUGCCCACCAUCUUUGUAAUCACACCCACCUACACGCGGCCGGUGCAGAAGGCCGAGCUGACCCGGCUCACCAACACCUUCCUACAUGUGCAGAACCUGCACUGGGUGGUGGUAGAGGACUCACCCCGAAGGACCAACUUGGUGUCCAACCUGCUGGAAAAGGCAGGGCUCAACUUCACACACUUGAACGUGGAGACCCCCAAGAGUCUGAAGGUGGGUCUGUCCUGGAUGCCCUCCCACACCCCAAGGGGGACGCUGCAGAGGAACUUGGGGCUGCACUGGCUGAGGGAUAGCUUCAGCCACACGCCGCCACCAGAAGGAGUCGUGUACUUCGCCGACGAUGACAACACCUACAGCCUGGAGCUCUUUGAGGAGAUGCGCUACACACGGCGGGUGUCUGUCUGGCCUGUAGCCUUUGUGGGAGGCCUGCGGUAUGAGUCCCCCAAAGUGAGCCCCUCAGGGAAGGUGGUGGGCUGGAAGACAGUUUUUGACCCUAACCGACCCUUUGCGAUCGACAUGGCAGGCUUUGCCGUUAGCAUCAGACUGAUCCUGGAGAAGCCCCAGGCCAGUUUCAAGCUAGAGGGAGUCAAGGGAGGCUACCAGGAAACCAGCUUGCUGAAGGACCUGGUGACGAUGGAUGGAUUGGAGCCCAAAGCUGCCAACUGCACAAAGGUUUUGGUCUGGCACACACGGACUGAGAGGCCAACACUGGUUAAUGAAGGCAAGCGUGGUUUUACGGACCCACGGGUAGAAGUAUAAAGUGGCAUUAUGGCCCCAGGAUUUAGGCACCACCUGAGGUGACACUAGUGACUGCUUCAGGGUAAAGAAGGUGACAGUGACUGCUAACCCUUGUGUCAGCCAACCCAGCUCUGAACUGGUACUGAUAAGGCCAGGGGCUGCCAAGAACCAAGCAGGAUCCUGCUCUUCUCUCGCUCACUCUCUCUCUCUGACAAGCACCGAGUCAUUCUCCAUAGCAAAUGCCAUGCACGUGCAGUUUAUCAUCUCAGGGGGCACUGGGGAGAGUUUACUUCAUAGGUGUUCCAGCAGCGGACUCUCACGUUGCCAGUUCUGCCCAGCUCUCUGUUACAACAAUGGAGGAAGAUGCUGCCCACCAGGUCAUGACCAUGUCUACCAGCUCCCCAUUGUCCCAAAGCUAGUAAAAAUCAGGGACAGAGCUGAUGUGGUACCCUGUGGCCAUGUGGAAUUUCACCUUUGACUUAAGCACUAGCCACCAGUGCUUGGCUGAGAGAUCCAUCUACUGGAGUCCUAUGUUUUUAACCAAUGGCUGGAAGAUGACUUUUUAAGGUACAAUCUAAAAUCCCUGCUGUGUCAUCUCUGGCCUAAAGGAACAUCACCCAGGCUUCUUUUGGAGACCAGGGCUCUCCAUACCAGUGAGAAGCCUCUGAAAUUGCCUGCUCUGAGGACAUGAAACCUGAGCUUCCACAAAGCUGUCACAAGCUAUGAUAGUUCAGAGGAGGGAGAUGUUGUGAAAACACAAUGAGAAAUCUGUCUGCUUUAAAAACUACUUUAGAACAAGCUCAACCUGAGGGGAUCUUCCCCUGAGGGUGCAAGCCUUGAAGGACUGUCUCUGUCUGGCCCGCAGUUCAGGCUUUGAAUUUGGGACAGAGGUGAGGUUACAGCAUCUCAUACUGCAUUUGGAAGUUCUCAGAAGUACUUGGGCACUUCCUCUCUUGGUAUUCAAGGUGCCCAGGUGCUAAUUUGGGCAUCUCGGCUGAGGACUAUCUAACUUCAGGCUUCAUGUUUGCAAACUUGGGCCACAGUGUCACAUUCCAAGAGGUGGAGUUUGUUGGAUAAACACCCUCUCCCAUGUCAGGGAGAGGCAGUAGAUCUGCUAGAAAUUGUGUUUCCCAUGUCAUGUUUGUGCAUGUUCUCCCAGACACUGAAAAGCAGGGACAGUGCCAGAAUGGACUUUAAAUUAUUGCCAGAGCACUGGGAUCCUUGUUGCACUAGCACCAGAUGUUUGAGUUGAUCAGCUGCUUUGGGUCUUAAAUGCAGUAUCACCCCUCAGGCUCCAGCUCAGAAAUGUUGCCUCUGCACAGUGAAGUGGCAGUGAGUGAGCAGCAUUCAGCAACAAAGAAACCAGAGUGUUUUAUCACCUCACUAUGAGAACAUAAGAGGGACGAGGACCAACAUCAAGAGACAAAUGCUGAGUAACUGGGACCCUUAAUGACAACUAAGCAGCUCUGAGCAUGAAAGGAAUCAAAUACAAUGGAGACUCUGAGUGAAACUGUGAGAGUGAUUGGCUAUGUGAGCAGAGAUAAGGGACAGUGUCUAGUGUGGAGGAGUCCUCAUUCCCCCAGCAGAGGAGAGGUAGCUGGGGCAUUGGCCAGACAUAGAGGAGCCUCAGAGAAAGAGGUGACCAUUGAGAUAGAUGUGUGAGCAGUAUUUAAAGCACAAGUGUCUGUACUGUGGGGAAGGGAUUGUCUCUCAUGCUCCUAGAGGAAGACUCCUCCUGAUCAAACCUCAAGAACCCUCUAAUCAUACCUUGAAGACCUCGGUACUCACAAGGUUUUGGGACUAAUGAGCCACCCUCUCCAAAAAAAACAACCCAAACCCUGAGCUGGCAGGAGACUUAUUUAUUUGUUGGCUUAUUUAUAUUAUGGUUCUGUUCUGCCCAUUCUCUAUUUUCUAGCCUGGAUCAUCUGACCUGUUUCUGAAGAAUGAGAAUUUUUCCCCUGCCAUACUAAACUCUUUCAGCUCCUACAGAGGAAUGGCAGAUUUUGUGUUCCCUGCUGAAAUGUCAUAUGUUUCAUGCUCCCUGCGGGGGUUUUAACUAGUGUCUUAAACCAGCAAAAUAAUCAGAAGCACAGUAAUGAGGGGAGUAAGUGUCAAGGAAAGAAAGUUAUUGUAUGUGGUAGGCAUGGAUGAAACUAAGGCUGUGCCAAGUUUCCCAGCCCCCAGCAGGUGCCUUGUGGGCUGAAUGUAUACAGGCAGCCACCCUCUCAGAAGACAGACCCCAAGGAAUCUUGGGAAGCUUCCAAGAAAAGGACAGCCUAUUUGAGGGGUAGACAUGGGCUUUGUUCUCUUAUGCAUAGAAGUCAGUAGCAAAACUCCUCCUUCACUUCAAUGGGAGUUGGAUGAGGGCCAGGGUGUUAAGGAGUUGGGGGGGGGGGUGAAGAAAGAAGCAAGAAGAGUCAUAUCUGAGCAAAGGGCAUGAAAAAUAAAGAGAUGGGUUGCAAACAGAGAUUCCUGAGUUUGACUUCAGUCAGUGCUCAUCCUCAUCACUGAUGGGCCAUCCCAUUGGCCAUCUCAGCUUGGAGAAGAAAUGAAUGGGUCACGGAGACUGAACUCCCCUCCUGUCCCUUGAAAGAGCUCUUCAGGGGCAGCAGCCUGGACUGCCAGGAGACAAUGCUGUACCAUUGCCCAUGCUUCCCCUGUCUUAUAUGGAGAGGUCUUCAGUCUCUAAGAUGGUCACUUACCUGGAAUCUGUCCUUCCUUUCUCACCUGAUGAGGGGCUGGGAGUAGGCCUGCCAUUCUGCUGGGCUCUGCUCACCAACCUGAAUCAUCCAAUAAACUGUCUCCUAAAUUCACAUUGCUUUUAAUAAAUGGGCAAGAAAAGCAAAAUGAAAGAACCAAUUUAGCAUCUUCCAUGUUCACCUGAUGGGAAGGCAGGACCUCUAUCAACAAGGGAAAGGAAGUGACAGUAUUCAGUAACUCCCUAGACUUCAGCUAAGGAAAACUUAAGUUCAAAGUUGGCUAAGUAAAACAAUAGAGCCACUUCAAGUACCUAAGAGGUAGUAUUUAUUGGGCCCUCAUCACCCCUUUUGUCAGUCAAUAUAGGUAAUACCAGUUCCCUAGGUGAAACAAGCUAUGCCAUUGAAAGUAUAAUUGCUUCCACAUUAGGGCUUUGUUGGCAUAGCUGCUGACAAAAAAUAUACAUUGGCAGGAAGAUCACAGCCCUAUCCCGCAGGGCUCUGCUGGCAAUGCUUUUAAUAGAGAUCAGGCCUAAGUGGUAGAGCCAGAAACUAAACCCAGAUUCUCUUCAUGACAGUCCAGGGUCCCCAGUCAAUGUUGUUUCUACUUCUGCUAGACUGUGUGUCUACUAGGAAGCAACCAUUUAGAAC